CUCCUGGGAAGGGGUCAGUUUACUUUUAGUCACUGUCUUCCCCAACAGCUUCCUGUUUAACUGGCUGGAGUAAUUUGGGGUGACUCAGGGCACCCUACACACCCCCAAACUCCCGGGAAGUGGCAAAGGUAGUAACUUACAGGUCCUGGUCACAAGCACCCAAGGGAGGCAGGGAGGCUAAAAGAUGGGGGAGGGGCUGGUUAACCUCCCCCCCCCAUGCUCCAGUACAGAAGGGGGUCUGUUGGGAUCUAUGAGAGUUCUGUGGACACGAAGCUCAGAGCUGCCUGCCUUAGUUCCUGUGCCUGCCCCAGCUCUGGGCCGUACUGCAGUCUGGCCACGUUCCAGCAGCACUGAGCACUGAGCAGGCUCAGCAGGUCCCGGGGCGUGGCACUGCCCAGCGCGGAGCCAGCCUACACCGACUCAGCAGGCAGGCUCAAGCCGCAGGCAGCAGAGCCCUUCGGGGACUCGGGAGGCUGUGCUCUCAGGAGGCUGUGCUCUUGGCAGAAGCCUGCUGUGGGAGCGAGGCUAUGAUCCCCCUCCUGUACUUGGCUCUGCCCACCCUGGGCAGCUAUGUCCUGUUGUCUAUGUUCUUCCUGCGCCGACCUCAUCUGCUGCACACACCCAGGGCUCCAGCCUUCCCUAUCCGCCUGGCUGCUCAUCGCGGAGGGUCUGGCGAGCGGCUGGAAAACACGAUGGAGGCCAUAGAGAAUUCCAUGGCCCAGCGAGCAGAUCUCUUGGAAUUUGACUGCCAGCUCACACGGGACGGUGUGGUGGUGGUGUCACACGACAAGAACCUGUCCCGCCAGUCAGGCCUAAAUAAGGAUGUGGACACCCUGGACUUUGAGGAACUGCCCCUCUACAAGGAAGAACUGGAGAUUUACUUCUCACCGGGCCACUUUGCUCACGGGUCAGAUCGGCACAUGAUUCGCUUGGAGGACGUAUUCCAGAAAUUUCCAAGGACGCCCAUGAUCGUGGAGAUCAAAGAAAAAAAUGAGGAGCUCAUUCAUAAGGUAACCAACCUGGCGAGGCGCUUUGACCGAAGUGAGAUUACUAUUUGGGCUUCAGAGAAGAACUCAGUCAUGAAGAGGUGCAAGGCUGCUAACCCUGAGAUGCCAAUGUCCUUCACAAUAUGGCGAUCGAUCUGGAUACUGCUGCUGUACUACCUGGGGCUGCUGCCUUUUGUUUCGAUCCCUGAGAGGUUUUUCUUCUGCUUCCUGCCCACCAUCAUCAACAGGACGUACUUUCCGUUUUCCUGUGGAUGCUUCAACAAACUGUCAGCUCUGGUUACAAAGUGGGUCAUCAUGCGGAAAAGUCUGAUCCGACACUUGCAGGACCGAGGGGUGCAGGUGCUAUUUUGGUGCCUUAACGAAGAAUCCUAUUUUGAAGAGGCCUUCAGCUUGGGAGCCAAUGGUGUCAUGACCGAUUACCCCACAGCCCUGAGACACUACCUGGACAAGCAGGAACUAAAAGCCCCAGCCUCCUCUCACUGAGGCCCUGACCUGUCUUUCUCUUAAAAAUUAAAUAAAUAAAUAUUUUCUUGUCAGUAACACAGUU